AUGGCACCCAAGAACGAGGGCGAUGGCCUCAGUGCCUUUGAGAGGCGGCGUCUCGAGAACAUGGCCGCGAACAAGGCUCUCCUGUCCGAGAUUUCGGUCACUGCCAAGAAGAUUAUACCAGAGAAAAAGCCAGCAUCGAAGCCGCCAGCUCCACGAAAACGAGUAAAGGCAGAACCAGUUGUCCGGGAGCUGCGGCGGGGAACGCGCAUGAGCUCUCGUCUUGCCGGCGUCGCCGCGGACGACGAAGCGCUGAAGCGGAAAUUGGAGGUGGAAGCCGAGCACCAGGCUGAGCAGGCCAAGGCCAAAAGACUACGAAUUGCUGGCGAUAUGAAACUCGGCGAUAUUGUUGUGGAUGGUAAAAAGUACCUUGGCAGCAUGGACGGUCUGCAGGGCAUUUUCCGCGGCGCGCAGCCGGGCGUUCGAACCUUUGAUUACGAUCCCAAAGAGGCAACGGACGAUGACCUGAAGGAUCUCCGACUACGAAUGAACGGCCUCAAGCUCUACGAGCACUGGAUACCCAAUGACAUCAAGAUUACGCCACAACGAAUAUAUGCCCUCGGUUUCCACCCCACUGAAGACAAGCCCAUCGUGUUUGCAGGCGACAAAGAAGGCGCCAUGGGGGUAUUUGAUGCCUCUCAGACGGUUCCCGAGGUAGACGACGACGAGGAGGAUCUGCCCGAUCCAGUCAUCUCCGCCUUCAAGACUCACGCCAGGACAAUCACGUCCUUUGUCUUUUCGCCUAUCGAUGCCAACGCCGUCUUCACCUCGUCAUAUGAUUCGUCAAUACGAAAGUUGGACUUGGACAAGGGCGUGUCUGUGCAGGUGUUUGCACCCGAGAACGCCAACGAGGACCUGCCAAUAUCAGCGCUCGAGAUUCCCGCAGCAGAGCCAAACAUGCUCUAUUUCUCAACACUGGAUGGAUCAGUGGGGCGGUACGAUACCCGAGCACCAGACAGCUUGGAGCUAUGGAGUCUUUCGGAGCAGAAGAUCGGAGGCUUUUCGAUGCACCCGCUCCACCCCUAUUUGCUGGCGACGGCUUCUCUUGAUAGGACAAUGAAAGUCUGGGACCUACGAAAAAUGAGCGGGAAAGGAGAGCUGAAACAUCCGACGCUGUUGGGAGAGCACGAGUCGCGAUUGUCCGUUUCGCAUGCGUCUUGGAGCGCCGGUGGCCACGUCGCCACGUCAUCAUACGACGACACCAUUAAGAUAUAUGACUUCUCAGAAGCCUCCAAGUGGAAGCCGGGCCAGAACAUUGACGCCAAGACGAUGGAGCCCGCGCACACUAUCCGACACAAUAACCAGACGGGUCGAUGGGUCACAAUCUUGAAGCCCCAGUGGCAGAAGAAUCCCAAAGACGGGAUUCAGAGAUUUACAAUUGGCAACAUGAAUCGCUUCGUCGAUGUAUAUGCUGCGGACGGCAGUCAGUUGGCCCAACUUGGCGGAGAGGGCAUCUCUGCUGUGCCAGCAGUGGCCCAUUUCCAUCCCAGCAUGGAUUGGGUGGCUGGAGGGACGGCGAGCGGCAAGUUGUGUCUCUGGCAGUAG